AUGCAUGAAGUGGCCCGCGGUAAAAGGAGAGACCAUAGCCAACAACAGCAGCAACCACCAAAUCGACAACAACAACAUCAACAAAAGGAACAGCAGCAGCAGCAGAAGCGCACGGGCCUCGUCGAUGAAGAACAACAACGACGGAUUGCUGCGAGGGCUGCCAAGGCCAUGGAGAAACAAGUCCGUCGACGACGCGAUCGAAGGUCUCAAUUCGUAUGGGGCGAUCGCAAAAAGGUAUCCUCCUCAACAACACCGCUACCACCACUACCUCCAUCCAUCCAUACUUCUUCUUCAUCGUCAAAUUCAUCAUCUACUUCUUCUUCUUCCAUCCCACUCGCAAUCAUCAAGCGAUAUCCUGACGGAACACAAGAAAUCCUUGUGCCACAAAACCUGACACCUGAGCAAGAGCAAUAUGAGUUCCCUCCACGCUCUCGUUUGCUAAAGAAGCUGGCCAGUGCGAAUGCUGAGCGACGACGCAUGUCGUCCAUGACGAUGACGACCUUACCUCUUGACGACAACGACGAAAACCAGCAACCACCCAUCUCAUCCUCGUCAUCACCGCCACCACCACCUUACGACGCUUUACCCAAUCCUCUAUUGCCGCCACCCACCAUCCAACCUUCUGUUCCGCUCUCUCCACCCAAACCCGACCAGAACGCCAUGGCCGAAUGGUUCUCCAGCCGCAAGCCUGAACAUUCACAUCACCAGCAGCAACAGAAAGAGCGCCAGGUCAUUGAAUGGAUCAGGGAUAUAGAAAACAGUAAGACGCCAAAGAAAAAGCCAGUUAUUACGUCGUCGUCGUCACCAUCCUCAAACAACAACAACGCCUCCUCAUUUACCUCCUCAUCCUCCGCAGCUGUUGUCCCUGCUGUCGUUGCCACCUCCUCCGCAGCUCUUUCUUCCUCCUCUCCCCGCGCCGCCGCUCGCAAAAAGAUCAAGAAGAAUACGAGUGUUACUACUACUACUACAACCACCACGCCACUUAUUACUACUCGUCCUACUACUACUACUACUACUACCACCACCACCUCCUCUACUGCCAGUAGCAAAAUGAUCUCCGCUUCAACAACCAUUCCCAAAAGGCCGCAUUCGCCGUUCUUCCUCUACGAAGCAACCCCCAUCCAGUUCCGCAGCAAAGCAGGAAAACGAUGGGCCCAUGCAUCGGGAUACGCACAGUCACCCUCCUCGACAUCAUCACCCCUUGCCCCUCCACCUGAAGAAGAUUCGGCCCGACGACAUUAUGUUCCACGAACCUUGCUGCGACGCGCUGGCUCGCGCCUCAGAGACCAUCAUCAUCACCAACAAAACGACGACAACGACAGCGACUUGUUAUUAUCACAACACAACAACAGUAACAGCCAUCACGACGAACUCAACGAUGAUAAUGAUCUUCAUGCAGCUGCAACACACAUCCAGGCCACAUGGCGGGGCUACAACUGUCGCCAUCACCAAUCCAACAUUUCCGGCAUGGUCAAACUCGUCGGCAUGUUUCACCAGGCUCUGGAAAAGCAGCAGCGUCUGGCCCAGGAGCGUCUGGUGCAGCUCGAGACGCUCCUGAAACAAGAACGACAGCAGCGCGAGCGAUCGGAGCAGGAACAUCGGUCGUCCUGGGCACGCCUUGAAGAAAUCCAGGCUCGGUUUGAAAAACACAACGACAUGCGUCACAUCCUUGAACGGGUCUCUGCAUUGGAACAUUCGGUCAGCAAAGAAAGUUUGGCUCGUGCACAGUUGGAAAACUCAGUCUCUGCGGCCAUGAAAUACAUGGACACGUUUGAAAAGAAAUCAGCAGCGCGCAGUCAUGGUGGCGGCGGCAGUAGCACUAAAGCUACUACUACUACUACUACCACUACUACGAGUAUUAGCAGCAGUACAAGCUGUUCUACGAACGGGGCAAUCAGCAGUCGUGCCAGUAACCGGAAAAACAUCAAGACGCAACCUGUCGUGCAGCAGUCAAAGAAAAGUGACAGGAAACCUGCCAUGCAGCAGCAACAACAAAGGGACAGUGCAAGGGCAGAUCUUGUUGUCCGUCAAUCCCUCAAACGACGUCCAAAAUCUGGUUCGGUAGCUUCUUCUGUUGCCAGCACUGCAACUGCAGCAUCGUCCCGACGACGGGUAGUUGCUGCUGCUGCUGCUGCUGAUACAAGCAAAACUUUGACUGCCGGAUCCAGGCAACAACAACAACAGCAGAAGCAAAAACAAUUACCAAAAUAA